AUGUCGGCAGAAGCACCAAUCCCCCUGACUUUGGACAUUCACGACCUGCAGAUCCAGACAGUCACUGUGGAGAAGCUGCUGGAGCCGCUGAUUAUCCAGGUUACCACACUCGUAAACUGUCCGCAGAACCCUUCCAACAGGAAAAAGGGACGCUCUAAGAGAGCCAGAGUUCUCCUGGCUUCUGUGGAGGAAGCAACUUGGAACCUGUUAGACAAGGGGGAGAAGAUCGCCAAGGAAGCAAGGGCUUUAAAGGAAGAGCUCACAGCUGCACUCCAGGAAGUUCGCAGAGAGAGCAAUGCUCUGAAGGCGUCAGCCGAGAGAUUUACAGAUGACCCCUGUUACCUCCCGAAAAGGGAGGCUGUGGUUCAAGCCGCCCGCGCCUUGUUGGCAGCAGUUACAAGACUCCUUAUCCUUGCGGACAUGAUUGAUGUCAUGUGUCUCUUGCAGCAUGUGUCAUCUUUUCAAAGAACAUUUGAGUCUCUUAAAAAUGUUUCCAACAAAUCUGACCUCCAGAAGACCUACCAGAAGCUCGGGAAGGAGCUGGAAAACCUGGAUUAUUUAGCCUUCAAACGUCAGCAGGACUUAAAAUCUCCAGCCCAGAGGGAUGAAAUUGCAGGAGCCCGGGCCACCUUGAAGGAGAACUCCCCGCUCUUGCAUUCGAUUUGUUCAGCUUGUUUGGAACAUUCCGAUGUUGCUUCGCUCAAAGCCAGUAAGGACACAGUCUGUGAAGAGAUUCAGAAUGCCCUUGAUGUCAUUUCAAAUGCUUCCCAAGGCAUCCCCAGUGUGCCUGCGACUUCAGAACCUCAGGCGGCAACCCUGGGAAGUGCUCUCGAUGAGCUGGAGAAUUUAAUUGUCCUGAACCCACUCACAGUGACAGAGGAGGAAAUAAGACCAUCACUAGAGAAACGCCUAGAAGCCAUCAUCAGUGGGGCUGCACUGCUGGCUGACUCUUCCUGCACCAGGGACUUCCACCGAGAGCGGAUUAUCGCCGAGUGUAAUGCCAUCCGCCAGGCUCUCCAGGAUCUGCUGUCAGAGUACAUGAACAAUACUGGAAAAACAGAAAAGAGUAGUGCCCUGAAUGCCGCCAUAGACAAUAUGAGCAAGAAGACAAGAGACCUCCGCCGACAGCUCCGCAAGGCGAUUAUAGAUCACAUAUCAGAUUCUUUCCUGGACACGACAGUUCCACUCCUGGUUCUCAUUGAAGCUGCUAAGAACGGCCGAGAAAAGGAAAUCAAAGAAUAUGCUGCGAUAUUUCAUGAGCACACAGGCAGGCUCGUGGAGGUGGCAAACCUUGCUUGUUCCAUGUCAAGAAAUGAAGAUGGGAUUAAAAUCGUCAGAAUCGCCGCAAAUCACCUGGAGACCCUGUGUCCACAGAUCAUAAAUGCUGCACUCGCUUUGGCAUCGCGACCCAAGAGUCAAGUGGUCAAAACCACUAUGGAAAUGUAUAAGCGCACAUGGGAGCAUUAUAUACACGUUCUCACCGAAGCAGUGGAUGACAUCACCAGCAUUGACGACUUCCUGGCUGUCUCUGAAAGCCACAUUCUGGAGGAUGUCAACAAAUGCAUUAUCGCCUUGAGGGACCAGGAUGCUGAUAACUUAGACCGAGCUGCAGGUGCCAUCAGAGGACGAGCUGCAAGAGUAGCUCACAUCGUCACAGGGGAAAUGGACAGCUACGAACCAGGCGCUUACACCGAAGGCGUGAUGAGAAAUGUCCACGUCCUUACAAGCACGGUGAUCCCAGAGUUCGUGACACAAGUGAAUGGUGCCUUGGAUGCCCUGAGCAAGAACUCACUGACUGUUCUUGACGAUAAUCAGUUUGUGGACAUCUCAAAGAAGAUCUACGACACAAUUCACGAUAUCAGAUGUUCGGUCAUGAUGAUUCGGACUCCAGAGGAACUAGAGGAUGUUUCUGACCUUGAGGAAGAUCAUGAGGUCCGUAGCCACACCAGCAUCCAGACAGAAGGGAAAACUGACCGAGCUAAGAUGACUCAGCUGCCAGAGGCAGAAAAGGAGAAAAUUGCUGAGCAAGUGGCUGAUUUCAAGAAGGUGAAGAGCAAGCUGGAUGCUGAGAUCGAGAUAUGGGAUGAUACAAGCAAUGACAUCAUUGUUCUUGCCAAGAAGAUGUGCAUGAUCAUGAUGGAGAUGACAGACUUCACAAGGGGAAAAGGACCACUGAAGCAUACCACUGAUGUCAUCUAUGCAGCUAAAAUGAUAUCAGAGUCGGGAUCAAGAAUGGAUGUCCUCGCUCGGCAGAUUGCUAACCAGUGCCCAGAUCCACCGUGCAAACAGGACUUGCUGGCUUAUCUGGAACAGAUUAAAUUCUACUCCCACCAGCUGAAAAUCUGCAGUCAAGUUAAAGCUGAGAUCCAAAACCUGGGGGGCGAGCUCAUCAUGUCAGCCUUGGACAGUGUCACCUCCCUGAUCCAGGCAGCAAAAAAUUUAAUGAAUGCUGUAGUGCAAACAGUGAAGAUGUCGUACAUUGCUUCCACCAAGAUCAUCCGCAUCCAGAGUACGGCAGGGCCCCGGCACCCAGUUGUCAUGUGGAGAAUGAAGGCUCCGGCUAAAAAGCCCUUGAUUAAAAGAGAGAAGCCAGAAGAAACGUGUGCGGCUGUCAGAAGAGGCUCAGCCAAGAAAAAGAUCCACCCUGUUCAAGUCAUGAGUGAAUUUAGAGGGAGAGAAUUCUACUGA